AGAGUUGGUACUGCAGGCGGAAACGCUGCACCUGUUGAUGUGUUGCCUCCUCUUUUCUGUGUGACUUCACCUCUUCGUAACCUGCUACACUCGACACCAGAAACACCUGGGAAGCUUCUGGAGAGUCGCAGAGGAACUAUUAUCUGUUGUAAGGCGGAAAUUUAGGACUUAAUGGAUAAGUUAAAGAAGGUGCUGAGCGGAGAGGAUGACGGAAACUCGGACACACCCGGAAUAUUGGUGGUAACGGCUGCUAGCAUCUGCCUGUUAUUGUUGUUGUUAGCAUGUUAGCUUCAGCCAGCUGCUCUUUAGCGGGUAAAUUAACUAUUAGAGCUCUCUGCGGUGACUUUAACUCCACUUUACUUAUCAAAUACUGUAAUACGAGACCUGUCAGAAGAUAUACAAGUACAACAAGUCCAAGUUUAAAAUGAUUUGUCUCUGGAUUUAACUUGGAGUAACAUUAUCCUGUUAAAACAUCUCUUAAAAGUUUGUAAAGUCAGUCAAAUAAAAAAUAGAAUGAAAUAUGAAUUUACCCCUGUCACUGCAUUUUACCUAUUUAUUACAGUUAUGGUCGUUACAAACUGAAUAUACUUAAAUUUAUAUAUAUUUGUGUGUAUACAGUUAUCAUUAUUAUGAUUAUUAAAAUAGUCUCUGAUUAAUUAUGUAUGUUUUUGUCGUUACAAACUGAAUGUACUUAAAUCAUUAUAUAUAGAUACAGUUAUUAUUACUGAGUAUUAUUAUUAUUAAUAAUAUUAUAAACUAAUCUCAGGUUGAUGUAUGGAUUAUUCACAUUACUAUGAUGUAAUUUCUGCAGAGAGCCAAUCAGGCCUCCACUCUUUCAUGGGGGGCGAGGGUGCGAGGCUUCAUCAUCUGCUUCGUUUUGGGUGUUUUCUGCUCCAUCCUGGUAAGUCAGUGUGUAACAACACCUUCUGUUUCUAUGGAAACAGUCAAUCUGUCGUCUCUCUGUCAAGUCUGUUUUUUCCAACUUCACUGUAUGCUUGUAAACUGAGUUAUAUCCACUUAUCCUCUUUUCCUGCUACCUUUCUUCUGUUUCCACGGCAACAGCCUGUUAACCUGUCCUCUCAGCCUGUAUCUAUGGUAACUGCUGGCCAGUGUCUUUCCUCUCCUUUGUUUCCUUGGCAACAGCCUCUCGCUCAGCCUGGUACAGUCUCUCUGUCUCCAAGGUUACUCUUUAUCCUUCUUUUUACUUCGGUUUCCAUGGUUACAAAUUGUGUCGUCUCCCUGUCUGUCUUCAUGGUUAAACCACCUGUUUGUCUCUCUGCAUUCAGGGGACCUGUUUGCUGUGGGUCCCGGGUUUUGGUCUGGCUGUGUUUGCCGUCCUCUACAGUUUUGGAAAUCUCUGCGCUCUGGGCAGGUAACCCACCUGUUCGAAACCCACACAAAGCCAGGUCCAUCAGGGUCAGACAUGGCCAGCAGAGUCAGUGUAGUGUUUUUGUGAUCAUUCUGAUGACAAACUACAUUACCCAUCAUCCUUCAGGCCCUGUGUGAAGGUCUGAUUUAUGAAUGUGAACAUUGCUCUCCAGUGGCAGCAGUUUAUGGCUUAUGCUUCCAGUCAGACCCUGUAGUCUGUGAUUUUGUGUUGUUGUUGUUGUUAAAACGGUAACCCUGACAUCUUUAAAUAUUGUUAUAACACUCCAAACACUCGCAUGUGUCUCUGUGAUUUCAGCACCAUGUUCCUGGUCGGUCCAUUAAGGCAGGUGAAGAACAUGUGUGCUAAAGAGAGAGCCAUCGCCACCAUCGUCAUGCUGGUAAAAACGCACACUCACUCAGGCACUCAGGUGGUUAAAUGAAUAAAUAAAAUAUUCUAGUGACCUGUGAUUAAUCUCCUGGUGUGUCUCUGCAGGUGUGUCUGGUGUUGACUCUGUGUGCUGCUUUCUGGGUAAGAAAUGACAGUUAACAUCUGGUGAGUUUUAUUUUCACUAAACUUUGAGUUUUUGAAUUUCUCUGAAUCUCUCUCUCUGCAGUGGAAGAAUAACGGACUGGCUCUGCUCUUCUGUGUGAUGCAGUUUCUGGCUUUCACCUGGUAAAAAAUCAUAAACUUAUAUUAAAGGUAUGCCGUAGAUAUGAGACUGUCUGUCUGUUUCACAUGUCUGUUUGUUCCUCUCAGGUACGGCCUCUCCUACAUCCCCUUCGCCAGGUAACACUUCCCUCUCUCUCCUGUGCCCUGAAGCAAAGUCAUCAACAUUUUAAACCAAAGAGUUGAGAGAAUAAAAUCUUUCCCUCUCCUCCUCCUCCUCUCUGUCUUUCAGGGACGCCGUCAUCAAACUAUUCUCACUCUGUCUCUAGAAGCCCCGCCCCCUCAUGAGGAUGCAGGACACUUUGACGUCUGUAUCCAGAUCAUUUUCACGUCUCAUGGACUGAUCGUGUCUGUCAACAUUUCAACCUCUGACCCCGUGGAGGUUAAAUCAGGUGUCCUAAAACCACAUUCAAACUGGUUUCCAUGGAGACCAGUCUGCACUACAUGUACAGUUUGUUAUUGUGUUGUAGUCAUUGUUACCUGAAGCAUUAUGCUGUUACCUGUCCUACACGUUAGUACUGAUUCCCAACCUGAUAUUUAUACUAUUUAUAUUUAAAAGCAUCAUCAUGAGUAGAGCAGCUUUGAGUCAUCUCUCUAACAUUUCAGGAACUAUUUUAAUAAAUCAUUUUACACUGUAAUAAUAUUUUUAAAGCUUAUACUCGACGUAGAAAGAAAUGUGACUUUUGUAGCAGGUGGAUUUUAAAAGCAAAGUUAGACACUGUUUUUGUGGAGGUGCUGAAGCUUUACCUGAAGAGGAGGCGAACAGAAACUGGACAGCAGUUGAAGGUUACAGGUGUGUUUUUGGUUCCCUCAGGAGAAAGUCACAGAGUCAGGAAGCAAACAUCAUCUCUACAUGCUGCUUAGGGUUCAUCUUAAAGUGUGUUCAGACCAAAAUGAUUAAAAAAAACAAGCAUUUCAAGUGUUUUUUUCUCCUUGUCUGUUACUUAGAUCAUAAUCUAACAGUAAAAACAGUAAAGCUGCAUAGUUGCACAAACUCUAAAGGUCAGAAACUCCUGAGAACUCUCACCUGUUUCUGUCUGUGUGAUGUAACAGCUGAUUCUGGUUAAAAAUCAUCUCCCUCUUUGACAGAGACGCUUAAACAACAAUCUGAGUCUGUCAGGAACAAAAACAACUUUUAAAAGACGGUAUCGUCCGUGCUGAAAAUGUAUGUUAAAGGUAGCAGGCGUAGAAAAGCCAAAACGACCUUAAAGGAGGUGUUUAAAUAAUUCAUUGAUGAUAAAGAGGAUAAUAAAAAGUUUAUUUCACAGUGAUGAAAACAGAAGUGACAAAAACACUCCACUAAGUCAAGCAGCCAAUCAUGUAACGCUUCCUCUUCCACUUCCCCUCACAUAUGUGCAGCUGUAAGUUUCUUUGGUCUUUAUUAAAAAUUAGAACAAAAGUAAAAUAAAAAAGUUCAUUUAAGUUAAAAACAAAA